CUAUACUCUUAUUUUUAUUGUUGGCAUCUUUAUUGAUAUUUAAACCUUUCAUAGAAAUGGACUGUGUGGAUUUCCCGAGAGUUCUUCCAACCUCACCGAGGAAAGCCCGGGGACAGAUUCAGGUCAUCUUCGGUCCCAUGUUCUCAGGCAAAAGCACUGAGCUGAUGAGGAGAGUGCGCCGCUUCCAGAUAGCUCAGUACAACUGCCUGGUGAUCAAAUAUGCCAAAGACCAGCGAUACAGUGACACAGGCAUGGCUACACAUGACAAAAACACAAUGGAGGCUGUACCAGCCAACAGUCUGGGGGAUGUGAGGUCUCUGGCACUGAAAGCCUCUGUCAUUGGAGUUGAUGAAGGACAGUUUUUUCCAGACACGGUGGAGUUUUGUGAGGAGAUGGCCAAUUUAGGAAAGACAAUCAUUGUAGCUGCCUUGGAUGGAACUUUCCAGAGAAAGCCAUUUGGACACAUCCUGAAUCUUGUCCCUCUGGCAGAGAGCGUGGUGAAGCUCCACGCUGUCUGCAUGCAGUGUUACAGAGAAGCUGCCUACACCAAGAGGAUAGGAGCAGAGAAGGAGGUGGAAGUGAUCGGCGGAGCGGACAAAUAUCAGGCGGUGUGUAGAAGUUGUUACGGGGGUCUAAUGGAGGAAAAAGAGAACAGCACUCCCUUUAUGAAUGAAACGCCACAACAUCCCUCGGGGAAAAUUCUAGACUGUGGAGUUCCCCGGAAACCUUUCUCCUCUCUCCAUAUCUGAACUCUAGAACCAGACAUGUAGCACACGAUCUGGGGAGAGUUGUGUGUGCGUAUGCAAGCGCAUUGGACAAUUUUUAUUUUUUUUAACUGACAUACUUUGAAAUGAUUGCCGUUUGUUUGUAUUUUAGGUAUCUUGAUGCGUCUACAGUGGAAUUGAGUUAUCAGCUCAGUUUGUUUCUUAUGAAUUUGGUGUCCAACAGUGUUGACCUACUUUUUCUGUGUUUUAUUACUUGAUUAAUGGGGAUGUGCACUUGAAAAACUUGGGGUGGGAAAUGCAUGAACCAGCUAAUAUUUCACUGACCUAGGCUUCACUACAAUAUAAUCAACAUCUGUAAUAUUUAUGCAAUUUGUACCUUCUUUAACUGUAGAUUUU